UACAACAGAUAAAUAAAACACUUUUAAUUAGAAGUGAUUUUACAUAAUAAUAACUGUAACUUUGUUGUGACUGUGAACCUUAAUUUUAACACUUUAAAUAGAACAUAUUCCAUUAUUUAGAAAUCAUCCAAGAGUCUUACCAGCAGGUUAUGCUCCCACUAGUGAGUAACUAAUUGAUCUUUGGUUGUCUUAGACCCUUGCUCAGUUAGCAGCACUUCAUCAGACUGCUGUCAUAGACAUUUUUAAACUCCUGAAAGUGUGCUGUGAUUAAAGAGUUAUUCAGGCACUUGUAUGAUUACAUGCAUUUUAUGUUAAUUUAAUAAAAUAAAACCUCAACAGUUUUGAUUGAAAAAGCAGUUGUUAAAUGUUACUUCCUUGACAUUUAAUUCCUACCCUGCUUUAAAACUUAGCAAUAGUGCUUUGUACUAUUUUGGAAAACAUUACAUUUGAUAGUAGCUAUGUAUUUCAGGAGCUUUGUCAGUAUUAAUUCAGGGUAGUAUUCGUCAUAAAAGAGCUUGAGAAGUCUGAAAAGCAUGCCAUAUUACAGUAAGAAUAACAAGCAGUUUCAGUGUUUAUUCAGAAGCAGUUGUUGAGUUUAGGGGAAGUUUUAUAGGGUUUCUGAUUCCUAUGUUAUUGUGUCACUAGAGCAAAAAUAAAAAGGGAGUUCUAGCUAUGACUAGUUUGAGCAAAACAGCAGAUAAAGGUGAGGAGAUUAGAAAGUAGAUGCCCAUAGCAUUGUGAUGAGUUUUCAAUUGAGAGUUGCAGUUGGUUGAAAGACUCACCUUGAGGGUAAGACAGGAUUGGAGCUUACAAAUGGACUUUUCUGUUAAAUGACACUUUCCUUUAUGAGAACUGGGUAAGAAAACAAUAAGAUUCUAAAUUCUUGGUUGUUUUUUUAUAAGCUGUGUUAGAAUUUCAGUAGUGGUUGGUUUGCUUUCAAGUAUCUAGACUAGGCAGGUCUUACUUUAACUUUUUCUGUCAAGCUCUAAAAGUCCUUCUCUGCAAAUCUUGUACAUUUUCAAUUUGGUGUAGAGAAUCUUGGUAAGUUUCAUCCUGUCCUCAGAGUAGUCACAGGACUACAGAAGGCUUAAGAGUUCCAUGCUGCUUUCUGUGCAGGUCAUUUUAGAAGGAAGUAAGGGUUAAGUAUAUUUCAGGGGCUUAUACUUCUGAGACACUGGAAAAAAGAAAAAUGCUUUUCUAACAUUGUGAACAAGUGGAAUAGCUAUUUUGGUGGAUUUUUAAUUUUGGUUGAAUUACCUUUUCUGGUGAGAGUUUUAGUUAGAAAUUUAGACAAAGAUUGAAGGGCUGAUAAAAUGGUUCAACAGAUAAAGUUGCUUGCUACCAAGCCUGAUAAUCUGAAUUCAAUCCCAGAACUCCACAUGGUGGACAGAGAAAGCUGACUCCUGAAAAUUGUCCUCUGACUUCCAUACAUCCAUACACACAGACACAGACACACACACACACACACACACACACACACUAUUUUUUUAAAUGUACAGUUAAAUGACCUUCAAGUUUUGAAGUUUCAUGACUUUGAUAUUAUAAACUAGUCUAUCUAUUUGCUAAAUAUGACUACAUCAUAUUUUUAGUCUGGACUUUUAUUUGUGUAUUUUCACAUGUGUGUGGGUGUGUAUGGGCGUGCGUAUGUCAUCCUCUAUCACUCUCCACGUCAUACAUUGAGGCAGAAUUUCUCACUAAAACCGAGAGCUCAACAAUUCUAGUCUGGCAGCUUACUCUGAGCUCAACAAUUCCACUAGUCUGGCAGCUUACCCUGAAUAUCCCUUGUAUCUGCCCCCCAAGUACUGGAAUUCAAGGUGGGCUGCCACCCUGAACUGAUGUUUAUGUGCUGGAGAUCUGAACUCAGGUCCUUUCAUUUGCAUGCUAGCGCGUUAUCUGCUGAGCUGCUGAGCUGUUUUCCCAGCCCCAGUAUUUGGAUUUUCUUAAGGGCUCAUAAUUGUUAGUAUAUUAAUUUUUUUCUUGAUAAGGCCUUUCUGUUGAGGUGUGUUUAAAUGUUAGCUUAUACAGGAAGUUAGCUUUCCUAAAUUUAAAAACUUAUUUGACAAUUGAAAAUACACAUUCGGUUUUUGUUGGUGUUGUUUCUUGUCUUAAGGCAACAGACUGAUAAGAAUAUUAAAGAGUUUUUACAGUAGAUAUCUCUGUAGGCAGUUUAUACCAUGCUUUAUUUAUAGAAGGUGUGAGGUACAUGAUGGUGUGUUAAAUAUAUAAUGUGAAAAUAAUUCUUUCCCUAAUUUAUAUAACUCAAGUGUUACUUGAGUUUAGGGUCAUAUAGCAAAUUUUGAUAUAGAAAUAAAUCAACUAGCAAAUUAAAUGCAUGUGUGCCUUGUAGAUAAUAGUUACGGAGAAAGGGCUUACAUUAGUUUUCCCUAAUCAUCAAAAUCUCUCAUUUUGAUUGCACUUAAUAAGACACUUCUAAACUGAUCUAAAAUAUGCUUGUGUAUACUUACAAUUACAUUGCAUGGCUUUCUGACUUGGGUUCUUGUAAACAUGCCUGUUUUGUUCAUGUGUCUUGAGAGAACAAGCAUUGUGACAUACCUGGCUAAUUUAAAAUAGAUUGCCUGUGAAGCACAAUUUGAGUCCAAUUUUUUGAGGUAUGGAGUUUUAGCUAUCGUGGCUGGGUUUUUACUCAAUCUCAAAUAAUAGGGCUCUGGUUAUUUUGCAGAGUGUCUCUGAAGAAUGGACAGAAUUGCCCUGGCUAACUACAAGCUACGGUUCACAGUGGAUAAAUAGAUGCCCGUGUGGUAAAAGACAUGGCUACGGGGAAGUCUAAGGGAUAUGGCUUUGUCUCCUUUUUCAACAAAUGGGAUGCGGAAAAUGCCAUUCAGCAGAUGGGUGGCCAGUGGCUUGGUGGAAGACAAAUCAGAACUAACUGGGCAACCCGAAAGCCUCCAGCUCCAAAGAGUACAUAUGAGUUGAAUACCAAACAACUGUCAUAUGAUGAGGUUGUAAGUCAGUCUAGCCCCAGCAACUGCACUGUGUACUGUGGAGGUGUGACGUCCGGACUGACAGAACAAUUAAUGCGUCAGACUUUUUCUCCAUUUGGACAAAUAAUGGAAAUUCGAGUCUUCCCAGAUAAAGGAUAUUCAUUUGUUCGGUUCAGUUCCCAUGAAAGUGCAGCGCAUGCGAUUGUCUCUGUUAAUGGUACUACCAUUGAAGGGCAUGUGGUGAAAUGCUAUUGGGGCAAAGAGACUCUUGAUAUGAUAAAUCCUGUGCAACAGCAGCAAAAUCAAAUUGGAUAUCCACCACCAACAUAUGGCCAGUGGGGCCAGUGGUAUGGAAAUGCACAACAGAUUGGUCAGUAUGUGCCUAAUGGUUGGCAAGUACCUGCCUAUGGAAUGUAUGGCCAGCCGUGGAGCCAGCAGGCAUUCAAUCAGACCCAGUCUUCUGCACCCUGGAUGGGACCCAAUUACAGUGUGCCGCCACCUCAAGGGCAGAAUGGCAGCAUGCUUCCUAAUCAGCCUGCUGGGUAUCGAGUGGCAGGGUAUGAAACUCAGUGAAAACAGACUACAGAAUGGAAGCCAGUGGCUUGACUGCUACAGGGAGGGUAGGAAUCAGUCAGUACAAAUGCCAGAUAACAAUGUAUUUAUUUAAAAGAUUCAUUUUUUUAAUCAUGAAAUUACUUUCAUCCACAUUGUUUUAAAAAGGAACAAAAUGGUGGAUGUCUGCCAAUUUUUGCCUUCAUUAUCUUUUUGAUAAAGUUUCUCAGAUCCUUGUUUUAAAGACAAAUGCAGGGAUUGCUGCCGCUUUUUAAAAAUUAAGAGGCAGAAAAUUGCACAAUGUUGAACUUUUUUCCACUAAAGUAGCGUGCAGUUUAGUUUGCAUUCCUGGUAUGAUUUAAAAUAUGUAAUAUAGAUGUAAAAAGAGAAGCCAAACUUGUGCAAAGUCUAGAAGUUCUUUAUAACUUUCAGCAUAUGCACAAUUCUGUGUUAGUUUUAAAGAGUAGGCAUUACAUGACCUAUGCCAUCUCCACUGUUACCCCUUUUGAAUUUUUAAAUGUAAAUUAUUAGUUUAUAUCAUUUUGUAUCUACAUUUUUCACAAACUUGUCCUGCCUUAUGAAAAUUCUGUAAAAUAUUGUUAAAUGAAAAAAAUGAUGUUCACUUAGACUGAAAACUUUUCUCAGAUGGACUGAUAAUUGCAUUCAUCUUGUUUUUAUAUGAGAAGGUGCCUCAAGGAUUCCCUGUUGGAUUUGUUUAAAGGGAUUUUUAUCUUCUGUGAUAAACUUUGCCAUCUACCAAGAACUAUAAAAACAACUUGUGACUAAGGAGACUCUGCAGCGUGCUAAGUCCUCACCCACAUCAGCUUCAUGUAUCAGCAUCUAUGUUUACACGUGUUAUUUUCUGAGAGAUUUCCACAAGUAAUAUUUUGAAGUUAGCAACCUUUGUAUGUCAUUCCUUUCCUAAAGGUGUCAUGAAGAGUUGGCGUGAGACGGGUUUUACGUUUGCAUGUGAAUAUCACAUACACACUUUGGUAGUCUUUGAUACAAGCUCAUCUGUUCUUGUUUUCAAGAAUUUUGAGACACAAAGUUGUAUGUAAAGGAAUAUAUUAAUUUGUUUUCUAGUUAUAUUUACUUGAAAGAGUAAAUCCACUUCAUUAUGUACAAAUGAUAGCUGUGAAACUGUAGAAUAUUCCUCUGUCAGGCUUGGGAUUCAUUAAGAACUCCAAAAUUAGCCUGUAGGACCAGCUGGGCAAAACUUUUUUAAAUAUUCAGUGGCCAAAAUAUGAACAAACAAACAAACAAACAAACCCUUAAAAUUCUACCUCUUUAAAUAGCCAUCAAGGAAGAGGCUCCUCAACAUAGGCAAGACUUUGGUUCUUUGGUACCUGAUCUCAUGGAGCUUCCACAUUAUUAUUUUUGAGGUUUGCUCUUUGAUGGCAUUGUUCUUGCCUUGGGAUUUCUAAUACAUUUCAGAGUCUCUUGGUUUGGUUUGGUUUCAGUGAUGACCACAACCUCCUCCUUGACAUCAGAGAGAAAGGAGCCCCUGUGAAUUGUGGGUUUUGAGACCCGCAGAGAGCUCCCAGCAUAUUACUUAGGCCUGUGGAAUUGGAAGCAUUUCCUGGCCUGUAUCUUCCAGGUAGGAGCACAUGACUCUAACCUGUUUUCUAAGCCAGUCCUCUUGUAAAAACAGAGCCCAGGAAGAUAGCUUGAAAUGUGUGCUUCUCUGGAGCUCAGUUCUAUGCAGUUGUGCUGAUGUUUCAUUAAGUCACUGUGUAUUUUUAAGUACUAAUACAUUGAAAUUUGCUUUAUGGAAGAUGAAUAAAUUUUUUAAAAUACUUGGAAAUUUUAUUUCUUUGUAAACUUCUACAGAUCAGGACAGGCAAUAAAAGCAGCUUAAAUGAAAUAAAAAAAAUUUAAAAACCACACAUCAGGAAGCUAUUUUGGCUAAUUCUUUUUUAGCUAUCUUAUUUCUUUUCUUCUGACUUUUGUUUUUAUUUUAGCACCCUCAGAAUUUUUCUCUAUUAAAGAAUUUUACUUCCUUUGCAACUCAGAUUGCAGGAUCAUUUAGUCACAAGUAAUUUAUUUUGUGCAAAAGUGUAGUUUCUUCUUUUGACUCAGUACUGAGACUUACUAGCAGCAUGUUCUUAUUGCACAGAUUUUAAAAUUCAUGUUGUGGUAGUGACGUGUUCCUGUUGAAAGACUGACAUUUUCAGGAACAUAGAUGGUGUUGGUUUAAAUUUCAAUGUUCAAUCAUUUAAAUCGUUUUCAACCUAAAAAACUUCCUCUUGGUGUAAGUAUCAGGUAAGGAAAUUAAGGUUUUUAAAGUGAAGUUCUUUGCAAUAUGCAUUCAGAUUUUAUUCUCUGGUACUGUAAAGAACCUGAGUGACUCUCAGUGGGUCCUGGAGCCAGUAUUCUUUAUCCUGACUGUUUGGAUAUUAAAAUUCCUUUAUGUUUUCUAUGA